AACGGGGCACUCGAUUCGACACCCAGAGUCUUAUAAAAUAUGCGGUCGUAUGGAAGGCCUGUAACGUACACGCUCAAAAUUAGAACUACGAUUGAAAUACUUAUUUUUAAAUUUUGGAGUAGAUGAUCUUUCCAGAUUGCACUCGCUGGAAUUGGAUCCACAUUAUAUUUUGAAUAACUAAUUGUUAUAGAAGUACAGGCACGUUUUUUUAAAUCUCUUGCCACCUCUGUUGUUGCUAUUUUUAUUUUUUUUGUAAAAAUAUUUAUGCCUGUCCGGUCUGGGCAGCUAAAAGAAGCCGGAGACGACGACCAGGCUCUGAUGUGUGUGCAAGAGCGAGCGGGACCAAGAGUCUGUAUGUGUGUUUAUAUGUUUUUUCCGACCUCUCGUCGUAAGUUAAUAAUUCAGGAGCAUUGGUGACGUAUUGCACAGAGAGGCGAGUUUAUGCAAAAAAGCGUCCAUUCAUUUAAUGCGAGGGAGGCGUAUCCACGCACAGCACGCAAAGGAGAGGCUGGGUCGACGGUGUCGGACGUACACAACGAUUUUUACCCCCCCUCCUGACUUCUCCCAAAGCGCUUUCUCAGUGACUUCAGGGCUUGAAACAAUACACCUUUUUGUGCUUACAGACACAGAAGAAGUUAUGUAGCUACUGUUUUUAAGAAGGACAACGUGCUUUUUGGGUACCGUAGGGAAUGAAUAAGUGAAACCAACAUGCUCCGCAACAAAUCAAAUGGUCCGUUAAAAUAAAUCGAGGAAGUGAUGUAUCAUUAAAUCAAUGCCAGCAGCAACAUCACAUUCUGGACUGUUGAGUGAAAGAUGAUCGAGAUGGAGAUAGAGACUGUUUUGACUGGUGAUGGCGGCCAGAAUCCUGUGGGCCACCUACAAGCCCAGAGACUUGCCGACUGCAGUAACAGGUCCCUCACUGCCGUGGCUGUCAGUUCAGGAGGUGCCACUAUGACAGCAUUGGCAGGCACGGUGACCGUACCCGAGCACUCUGCCGUGAAUGUCACUUCCGUUGGUGGCCAGAGGCGGGAUGAGUGUUCGGGGUCUGGGGCGCGGAUGGCCGGCAGACCCAUGCGCCCCAAAAAUGGGCAACACCAGCCACAGCAGCAGAAGCUGAACAAACGGCGCUACAGCAUGAACGCCAGCUUCAAGCAGUCGGGCUACGGGAAGCGGCGGCGACGAGCCAACUCGGAGAGCGACCCCGUUCUUCCCACUAACUUUCUGCUGGGGGGCAACAUCUUUGACCCGCUGAACCUUAACAGUUUGCUGGACGAGGAGGUGAACCGGACCCUGAACGCGGAGACGCCCAAGUCGUCACCUCUGCCCGCCAAGAGCCAUGAUCCGGUGGAGAUCCUGAUCCCCAAGGACAUUACAGAUCCACUCAACCUCAACAGUGCUGGGGGAGAUGAUGACAUCCUCGUGUCCCCGAUGAAGAGCAGGAAGAGACACCGGAACCGGCACCACGGGGGGGUAGGGGGGAUGCCAGCUGCACAGAUGGACUCCGGUGAGAUUGAGAGGGGAAAGGCUGCUGAGGACUGUGUGGCUGCACUCAGCAGCACAGCGGUCCAUGCAGUUCCAGAGCCCCCCAGAGAGGGUGCUGUUCUAGUUAGCGUGACCUCAGUUCUGGAGUCGCCGCAGCCUUAUGAACUGAACACGUCCAUCAACUGCCGAGAUGAGGUAGUGGCUCCUAUUUUGCCUUGCAGACAUUCUCAUAAGACCACCAGUAUUCCCCAAAAAUCGCAGUCAAAAGCUCCCGGGAGCUCAGGCUGCCUGACAUCGGUGGUGUCCUGCCAGCCCCCCUCCUCCCGGCACCGCAAACGCAGGCGCACCUCCAGCAGGACAGAUGCUUCUUCCAUCCCACCCACACCCUCAAGCCAGAGAGGCAGCGUGGAGCCAGCACGAGGGCGGGCCACUAGGGGGCGCUCUCAAACCUUUCACACACCGUUGGUGGGAGGGGCCCACGGGCACGGCGCCGUCACUAACCAUCAUGGACAUCAGCGCAGCCUGAAUCGCCGCAAGGAGCGCAAGUUCCAGUACGGCAAUUAUAGCAAGUAUUAUGGGUACCGGAACCCGGGCUUGUGCGAGGACCCGCGCAUGCGAGUCCUGCGGCCGGAGUGGUUCCGUGGAAAGGUCGUGCUGGACCUUGGGUGCAAUACGGGCCACUUGACUCUGUCUAUUGCCAAGAACAUGCAGCCAGCCCGUAUCUUGGGCCUGGAUAUUGACGGCGGGCUGGUGCGUGCCGCCCGGCAGAAUGUCCGGCACUUCCUGUCGGAGCUACAGACCCAGGAGGCCCGGCGGGGGCCAAAAACAGACCAUUGGGAGCAUGGGGUCUCCACAGAGCCACGCGGCAGUCGCACGCAGGACAUGGAGGCCGAAGGGGUACCGUCAGGGGAAGCGGGUAGAGAGCCCUUCUCUGCAAGCUAUUUCCCCCUUUCCCUUCGGAUAUGCAGGGGUCCCAUAGCAGCGCCCCCUAUCUUUGUCACGGGGAAUGAGGAAUUUCCUGCUAAUGUAACCUUUGUCAAGGAGAACUACGUCCUGCAGAGCGACGCACUCCUGCAGGCCCAGCAGCCAGAAUACGACGUCAUCCUGUGCCUCAGCCUCACCAAGUGGGUGCACCUGAACUGGGGCGACGCCGGCUUGCAGCGCCUCUUCAAACGGGCCUUCCGGCAGCUCCGCCCCGGUGGUCUCUUCAUCCUCGAGCCGCAGCCCUGGAGCUCCUAUGGGAGGAGGAAGAAGCUCACGGACACCAUCUAUAAGAAUUACUACAACAUUCGGCUGAAACCUGAUCAGUUCAGCUCAUAUCUUACGUCAGAAGUGGGCUUCUCCAGCUAUGAACUCAUUGGCACACCCAAGACCAUGUCUAAAGGGUUUCUGCGGGCAAUUUACUUGUUCCACAAAGGACCUUCAUCCUACAGGAAAUGAAAUCCUGAAAGGUGUGAAAAGAAGUCGUGAACAAAACCAACUUUUUUGUGUGACGCUUUAGAUUUUUAGAACAAACAUCGAGGCUUGUACCUGAGCAUUAUAACAAAGAUUGUAUCAGAAAUCAAAAAGGGACGUCGUGGGAUGUAGGAUGUGAUGGAAAUAUCUUAAAACUACUUGCUUGCUUAAAAGUAUUAAAUCAUCAGUAGGCACAGGCGGACAAAUGCAUUAAAAGCAGCAUUUAAAAAUUUUUUUUUGCUCUCAUCCUGUGCCCUUACGCUGCAUCUAUAUGUGACGAAAAUGCAUCUCAAACCUCCUAAGACUCUGGGAUGUGAAAACUGUCUGGCUUUUCCGUAACUGAAAGCAGCCACAGAUGUCUGUAUAUACCUGGCAACCUGCAGCCACAGAUGUCUCUGUAUAUACCUGGCAACCUGCUUCUUUGAGAAGAAAAUGUGUUGUUCUACACGGACAUUGGAUUUGUUUCGGCUUGGAGGAAGGACACUCUACAGACAAUUGGAAGAGGCCAAGAGUUGGACUGAACUGUGGGUAUUUUCAAAGAUGGCCAUACAGACCACUGUUUCCCAACUCAGUCCUCGGGGACCCACACAGCAUGUUUUUGCUCCCUUCCAUACAGUCCACCUAGGGAGCUGGGAGGGAGCAAAAACAUGGACUGGCUGCAAAUCUUCGAGGCCUGGAUAGGAAAGGCUGAUAUAGACCUGGAUGGGUCUGUUUGCAUUCCGACCAACCCAGAUCUGCAACGCUUAAAUGUGUAUGGGCCAGCCUGAGAUAAACCAGAUUAAAUGUUUCUUUUGGGUUUCACAUAUCCUUUCCAGAAUGUUCACUCUUGUCAGGGCAUCAACCUUUUUACCAGCCACCAAAUUCUUCAGGUGCAACUCAAAAAAAAAAAAAAGUACUACUAUUCGGUGAGUGGUAGCAUAUAGAGGUUGUGGGACAGACACACCCUUUCAUCCCUUUUGCAACGUUUUACAGAUUUUUUUUUUUGUGUUGUCAAUGUUUUAUGCAGUGAUGAGGAAUAAAACUAUUCCUAACUUGUUCUCUUA